ACAUAUGUUUAUUUCUGGCAUUAUGAAAAUACUUCUAAGAAAUACUUUUUUUUAUACUAGAAUAGGUCUACUGAAGCAAAGUAUUAUUUAAAAGUACAACUUUUUGUCAAACUAUAAAUGACUACAAUUAAAGAAGCGAUAAAACGUUGGGAGGCUGCAAACCAAAGGCCAAUCAAAGAUGAAGUCGAGGUUGGUUUCCAGUUUCAGAUGCCACCAAUUGAAAAACUUGAUAACAAUCUAAGCAUGUUGGAAAAUUGCGAGAAACUGUAUUUAUCAUCAAAUCUUAUGGACAAACUCUCUGGACUUCCUCGUUUGAAACACCUUAAAAUUUUAUCAGUUGCCCGAUGCAAACUGUUGACUUUAUCAGGAAUUGAGCAUGUAAAUGAGACAUUAGAGGAAUUAUGGGCAUCUUAUAACAUGAUUGUAAAACUCAGUCCGUUGGUUAGCUGUAAACAGCUUAGAGUACUUUACUUAAACUACAACUAUGUCAGAGACUGGGCAGAAAUUGCAAAACUUGCUGAACACCAAUUCCUCAAAGAUGUGGGAUUUAUUGACAACCCAAUUUGUAAAAAUCUUGAUAAGGAGGCCUGGCAAAAUAAAAUGAUGAAGACUCUUCCUCGAAUAAACCGUUUAGAUGGAGAAUUUCUUGCAACUGAAGACGAAGCGAAAGAUGCAAAAGAAAUUAAACAGGCAAUUAAACAUGGUACAGAAAUCCCACCUCCGCCACUUCAAGGUACCACAUCAACAACAAACACUUCAGCCCAGCCCUCAGCUCCCUCAACUGCUGAUGCAAACCCUACUUGAAAUUUUAUUAAAAUAAAGUUAAGAUAAGCUUGCA